AUUUCUUGUGAAUAGCUAAGUAACAUCACCCCCACUUUGUCAAGUAGACUGUGCCGUUGAUUCGAAUAGUUUUGCGCGCGCUGACGCAGUGAGCAAUUUCACUCAACAUGGCGGGCUUUCGAGAUGAGGAUAAACGCCACUUCCCUUUGCAGGACAUAAAAUCCGUCGUGGAACUCUUUCGAUCGCAACUGUCAUGCAGCGUGGAGCCCAAUCUUGCAUUGCUCUCUGUCACCCUGGGGUAUAUUGAGAAUGUCCUGACCAACAACAGGGCUCUAAACAAGGUAGAUAGCGGGGCUAAUUUGGAGCCGAUCUUCCCGGUAGUGGAGCUGGCUCCAGUGGAGGCUCUGUACCACAAGUUCGUCUGUCAGAUCAAAGGGUCUGUCGAUCUAAGCCUGUUCACGCACGGGGUGGCAACACGGGACCUCGUCAAAAAGGUGUCAGACGUGAUAUGGAGCUCGCUGUCACGGUCGUACCAUACCGACAGAGCGCAUCUGCAGUCCCUCUACAGCUAUCUCACAGGAAAUCGCCUGGACUGUUUCGGGGUUGCAUUUGCUGUGGUCGCUGCCUGCCAGGUGCUCGGCUACAAGGAUGUCCACCUGGCCCUGUCUGAAGACCAUGCCUGGGUAACCUUUGGGGACAAGGGUGCAGAGACAGCAGAGGUGACCUGGCACGGGAAGGGGAACGAGGACAAGAGAGGGCAGCCCAUCAGUGUGGGUGUGGCGGAGAAGAGCUGGCUGUAUCUGUAUGGUUUUCCUGUGCAGUGUACCAGGAGCAUGGAGGUGGCAGCCAUGGUGUCAGCCAUCAAUCCAUCCAUAGACUCACACACAGACAGCAUUGAGAUGGCAUCACUGCAACAGGAGCUGCUUUGGUUGCUGUAUGAGAUGGGGCAUCUACGAAAGUAUCCCAUGGCUCUGGGGAACCUGGCUGAUUUAGAGGAGAUCGACCCCACCCCAGACAAACCACCUCCUAUUCAGCUGUUCCAUGAAGGUAUCCAUGCUGGCAAGGUGUACUACAACAACCAGCAUGUCUACCCAUAUACAUACCUUGGUGGCCACUAUUACAGGCGUGGUCAGUUCAAAGAUGCUCUUCAUUGCUGGGCUCAAGCAGCUAAUGUCAUCAGAAGCUACAACUACAACCGUGAAGAUGAAGAAAUUUACAAGGAGUUCCUUGAGAUCGCUCACGAGCUCAUUCCAAACAUGCUGAAGUCGGUUAGCUUGUCAACCUUGCAGUCACCUGCGCUAUCUCCCGCCUCCAGCACUGACGACUCUUCAGAGAAGUCAAACGGACGGUCCACCCCAGUGGCAGUACCACUGUCACCGUUGCUGAAUGACCCAGAAUGUUUUGCUUACCUGCUGCAGUUGUACGACGGCAUCUGCCAAUGGGAAGAAGGGAGCUCAACGCCAGUCCUUCACAUUGGAUGGGCCAAGCACAUUGUGCAAUCUAUAAACAGCUUCUCACCUCAAGUCAGGUCAAAGUUGAACAUCCUCUUAAUAGGAGAUCAAGGGGAAGUGUUAAAAGAUGAAGAGGAAGAGGAGGAGGAAGGGGAGAAGGACAAAGAUAAAGAAGAAAGUAAGACAGAGGAGAAGGAGGAGCCAAAGAAAGGUAGAGGUCGUGGGUCAAAAGGCAGUAGGGCCAUCGCAAAAGGCAAAGGUGAGAAGAAUGGGGUAGUGCUGAAGGGGAAGGAGGGGAAAGGGAAGGCAGAUUCACAGAACAGACAGGAGCACAGUGGCAAUACCAGGUUAACCAAUGAGACCUUGCUGUCCACUAUUGAGAGCCUGGCCUCGAAAGUGGACCCGGACUCGCAGAACGAGGCGCCACACCCGAACAUUGCUGACUUGGCGGCCAAGUGCGGGGAGAACAUCCUGAACCCAGAGUACCUGCUGGGGGGGCUGGAGCGCAGCUGUAGUCCCUUCGCCACGCGCACGGCGGACUCCCGACCCGACGUGAGCGAGUUCCUCAGUCAGCGGUCCAAUGGCAACCCCUUUCCGGGCAUGACCAUGGAGUCUGUGUUGAAAGCGGAGAGCCCUGCAGAGAUGGCUUUCCAGACAUCGCAGGGCCAGGGAGACGCCGCGAGUCGGGGCAAUGCCGCGCCCGUUCUCGGUACGACGGAGGAUGACAAAUUCAAGGUUCCCAUGCCUCCCCUCCCGAUCGUCAAGUUCUCCAGUGCAAAGAUGAAGGGGCUGAAGGAGCUGCUGACCUCCACGGGGAAGCUGAACGCCAGUGCAAUCAAGCUGCAGCUGACCGCGCAGUCGCAGGUGCAGGUGGUCAAGAGGUCCAGAAUGAGUGGUGACUUUGACUAUGGGAGCUCCAGACGGCGACCAAGGAGAGAGUAAGUUUGUGCAUCAGGUGGACUAUUAUCAUCAAAGGGGCCAUUAGUUGUUGGAUUGUCCUUAUGAUCCCUGUGCACAGGUAGGCACAGCCAAACAAAAUGAAUGGGAACAAUGGUGUACAGGACUGGGUCCUGCUCACAGAAACAUAUCUCUUGCUUCUCUUGACAAACCUACGUAUGCAUGAAAUGGUAACAACGGAACUCUGUGUUCCUGUAUAAUGGAACCAAUGUCUCAAGCACAAACAACUAAGCACUGUACAGAACAGAAAACUACAUUACCAGAGGGAUGUUUUUUUGUAAUAUACAUUAUACUUGUACUAGAAAGAGAUGGGUAAACAACUACAAGAAGGGUUAAGUUUGAUUUAGGACCUGUCCACCAAGGAUUUCAACCAUUGACUUCAAACUAGGAUUGGAUUGGGCAACCUUUUUUUUACCAUCAACAGCAACACAACGAAAGAGAUUUCAUCAGUUGACAGUUAAGUUACCUUUUAGCUACCCUCAACAUAAAGUAACAAAGAAAGAUGAGCGGGGUAUAGACUCAGCCAUGCUCCAAGCCACACCCUUCCCUUGUACAUCAAAAGACAAAACAUCCAAGAAGUAUUGAAUAGAAUGAAGCCCAAAGGAAGGUAGCUAAAAGGCUUACCAUAACAGGUAAAAUCCCUUUGGUUGUGUAGCUGAAAAUCAAGUACAUCUUAAUUUUAAAAAAAUGCUGAAGCUUUUUACAAUUUUACCUAUUUCUUCCUGCCAAUUCCUGAGUAUGUCCUUGGUGUACAUUAUCCAGCAGCAGUCAACAACACUCUAUAUGAUAGGCCAGUGUUAAAGGUACAACUCUUGAAGUGGCCAGUUUGGUCUGAAGAUAGUGUUUAUUCCUUGUCUUACAUAAUCCAACUGAUUGACAUUCCAGAACGAGACGAUACCAAAGAUGUACAUGAUGUAGAUUGGUGUCAGGAGUAGACAGUAGUCUCCCAUGGUACAAAAGAAAACAGGGUAGAGCAUUUUCUAUUGCCAUUGUAGAAGAUUCAAAUGUAGAAGAAUGGGAAAAUCCUUAUAAUUUACUCUGCAUAGGGAUUGUGAUGCUAUGGUACAUUAACAAACAUCCAAAAAGUUUGGAGAAGUUUCAUGUAGUGAUUAGCAACAACAUUAUCCUAUUAUGAUCAGCAGCCCUAAUCCAUUCUUCAUGCACUUUCUGAUGGCUGGGAAAAAUACUGAUGGUAGUGGAAAACUUAAUUCUUGAAUCCCAAUGUUUUCAGUUUACGGUAUACAAAAACAUAAGUACAUAAGAAACAAAGGAAAUAUUCUGAUACUGGUACUAGUAAGUGUAUUUUGCCAAACUCUCAUGCAUGCUCUUUGAAUUUUGAGAUCAAUUUUUUCUUGGUUUAUAAAAUAUUCAAGCAAUAUUCUUAACUGUAGAAUUCCCCCCCAAGAAAUGGUUGGAUUUUCUGUAUAUUUGCAAUUGUUUACUGUCCAGACCAUUUUUGGUUAGUGAAAGAAAGAAGAGAAAAAAGAGGAAAUGAAUUUAAAUGUAUGAAAUAAGAAAUAUAUGUAACCUUAGAUUUUAUUUUAUAAAAUUAGGAUUUGCACAUUGGUCAAAGACAGUUCUGAAACGUUACAUUUAUAGAUACCCUCCUGUGAAUGUGUUAGACAUACAUGUGUACUUCAGCAUCAAUAGGAAAGGAAGUCAAGUCAUCUUAGUGUAGAGUUAGCUUUGAAGACUGCUUGAUGAGAAAGAAGCAUAAAUUUGAUAAUUAUCUGAUCACAAGCAGAGGAGAGAGUGCAACUAUUUUUGUGAGUCAGAAUCAAAAGAUAUAAGAAUGUAAUUAUGUACAGAGAUGGAGAAGUAAAAACUGAGUAGAUUUGGUCAUAAAUUAUUUCUAAAAGCUGCAAGAUGUAUUAUGUAUUAUGUCUAGAUUACUGUGUUGUGUUGUGUUUUACGUUAGUUGUCACUUAACAUGUAAGAUUGUAGUAUCCAAAAGUUCAUGUACAGUAGCAUGUCGAGUAAAUAUGUCUGGACCAUCAUUCAUGAUCAGCUAUCUUACACCAAGCCAAUCUAGCACUCUUUCGAUCUUGUCCCUGCUAACUUCAGUUAUACUGGUUACAAACGCAAAGUUUGGUACAUUGAACCACAGCACGGAGAUAGUUAAGGGGGAAAAGUUUCCUGAAAAUUUCCACAGACAGUCACAGCAGCGUUGCUCAAUGUUGUUAGGGAGGUAGCAGCCAGGAAUUAUGUCAUGAUGAAAUAAGAAAAUAGACGUGUAUAACACAAUCCAAAAUAAGUGGCCAAAGCUAUGUCCACAUUUCUGUCUGUCAACUUAAUGAGAAUAAUGUCAUCAUUGAAAAGCACAAUUUGCCAAUGCUUCUAUGGGAAAAGUGGCUUUCCAUGGAAAUGUUUCAUUUCAUACUUGUAGAUUUUUUUCAUGGAAUCUGAAAAAUUGAUAAUGAUAAUGAUUCAUAGUUUUAAUGAAUGUUUUUUUUUCUUUGCUUGACACUGCUCUAAAAUGUGCACUUGAAAAAAGUGAUGAUAUUUGGCCAAAUGAUAUUGGAUUGUGUUAAAUACAUACCUGCAGCAUAUCCAUAUAUUUAAAUGGUAUAUAAUUAUAAACAUUUAAUGCAUUUGUUACAAGAACAGGAUAGAGCCACUAUUAUUGUGUGCAUGCACUGUUAAAUCUUACCACUUACAUGUAACAAACUGUAGGGAAAUAUGAGUUGCAUAUCAGGCUCUUGAGCACCAUUAUGUUCUGUAUAGUGUCAGUAUACUACACAAGGUACUACUGGUAGAAAGAAUAAUGUUGUUCUUGCUUGGUCCCAUAUAAUGUAUUGAUGUACUGCAGAUUUGUUAUAUAAUCUAUUGGAGAAACAGGAGCAUGUAACUGUUAUAUUUCUCAUGUUCUGCAGCCAAGAUUGGGAAGUGUCAGUGCAUCUUAGUCUGCAAGCAGAUGUUACAGUGGAACACUUGUUUUCUGACUGGUUGGGCUUCUCUGACCUUGCUAUUUUCUUUGCAACAUCUGCUUGGAAAUUAAGUGCAUCUCAUUGUCAUGCCUAAUGCUGAUUGUACAUACACCUUUAUUCUAGGUGUCUACAGAUCAUUGCUAGGCAAUUGCCAAUUUGUUGCACUGGUCAGAUUCAGGCUGUAAGACACCACUCACAACUUGUUCAUACUGUUAGGCUCCGAUGGUUAGCUUUCAUUGGCAGGGAAUUUUUGAAGUUUCCAUGUUCUAAUUGUUGCACUACUGUUGUUUGGAUUCAUUUCUUCUUGCUGUAUGUAAUACAAUGUGACUUGCAAGUUUCUCAUUGGAAUUAAUUGUAAGAACACUCUGGUUAUAUUCUAUUGUCAGGUUCUGGGGCUGGUUUGGGAGACUGUUGAGCUAAGAACUCUCAACCAUAAGGUGCAAUGUUUUGCACAAUUCGUAUACUAUGCCAACCUCACAAGACACCAACUGAGCACAAGUCAUACUUUUGUUGUGGAACCAAGGGAUAGAGUUAGUGUGGUCUGUUAAUCCAUGAGGAACCUUGCAGUCAGCAGCAAGUCAGAAGUAGACACAUCCAAAGUUUCACCAUGACUGUACAUGUACAUGUAAUUAAACUUUCAGCUUCACUAAA